GAAAACAAAUUUAUCUUUAACUUCAACUCAACCAGUUCGCACUAAAAUUCGUUAACAUAAUGGGAUCCAUAGUGAGUGAAAUGCAGCAGCCGAUUGUGUUUGUCAACAUGGACUCGCCGGCGGCGCAGUUUGUACGCCAGACGAUCAAUGAUAACAAAGUCGUUAUCUUCAGCAAGAGCUAUUGUCCGUACUGCAGCAUGGCCAAGGAGCAGUUUCGCAAGCUGGAUGUGAAGGCCCAUGUGGUUGAGCUAGAUUUGCGUAGCGAUGGCGAGGAAAUUCAGGCAGUGCUGGGUGAGAUGACAGGAGCUCGGACUGUGCCACGUUGUUUCAUCAAUGGCAAAUUUGUGGGAGGUGGCACCGAUGUGAAACGUCUCUGCGAUCAGGGUAUAUUGCAGAAAUAUUUCCAGUGAUAUGCGACAGAUAAAUACCUUGCGGUUAGAAGCUUCGUUUAAAACAGAAAUAAAACCAAUUUAUUUAUCGAAAAACUA